AUGGCCGGUAACAAGCGAGCGUGGGACGGCAACCUCAUAUCAGGCCAUUCAAAGACGGAAAAAAUGGACACCACAGCCGACGUAUCUUCUAUUCAAACGAUCUUUACUGGAUUCCGCAACGAGCUUGACGAGCAUCAUGACCGCAGAGAGCGUGUCGUGAAGGCCUCCCGGGAUAUCACGGCAUUAAGUAAGAAGAUAGUCCGCGUUGUGAAUGCGCCGAUUCCUUCAAACAUCGCGAAAGAAACAAACGACCGUAUAAAACAAAUCCAGGAGCUUUUCAAGUCAAUCGAAGCAGAUGUAUCCGGAGUAAAUGCUUGGCGAUACCAUCAAAUCACCUGGGGCAUCCAGGAGUAUAUCGAGGCUAUAUCAUUCCACCGCUAUCUCGAAAAGAAACAACUCAUCACUUUGGAGGAGGUAUCGCAGUCGUUGCCGGCCGGUAUCGCUGUAACGGAGGCGGACUAUGUACUUGGCCUAUACGAUUUAACCGGUGAAAUGAUGCGAUUUGCCAUCACCUCUAUGACCACCGGCCGAGCGGUAGGAGGAAAGCAAGGAAACGGCACCAGCACGGCCAACUUGGCCGGCUCUAAUAUUGACGGUACGGUCGAGGAUAGCUCACAACCCGAAGGGCCCAUAGGCGGAGAAGCAGUCGUUUCCGAUCUACGUCAGCUUCGAGCUAUGUUUGAGCAACUUGAUGUCCCUCGCAGCCUGAGUGGGUGGAAAGAUGUAGACAAGAAGAUGGAAGUUAUGCAGGCUAGUGUUGAAAAGGUAGAGAGAGCUGUAUACGGGUUGUUGGUUCGAGGAAAGGAACGCCCAUCUGGAUGGGUGCCUGAUUUGGCGAGUGCGGCUGCAGUCGAGUCACACUAA